AUGCGAAAUAUCGAGCAGCAAAUGUUUGAGAUUCAAUGCCGAGGCAUACCUUCUAGAACUUUCUUAGAGGUCAGAACACUCGUCAUCACUUCGUCUUCGGUCGAUCCACCAAAACUUCAUUUAUAUCAAUGGCCUCCUCCAGAGUUCGUCAAGUUGGACAAAGUGAUCUGGAUAGUCGAUCCUCAAGCAUUCUACUCAGGUUCCCCUGUCUACCUGCUGUCAUCUGAGCAAGUAAGUAGCUCUGCCGCUUCAACAAGGAUCGGAAAGCUUCUACUCGUAUCCCUUUUGGAACGUUUCAAGGAUAUACCCAUAACGAUUGUCAAUUUGGGGGCAAGUCAGCAGCGCCAGUUAGGUUCUUCGGGGGUUUCUUCACCAGUUGGCUUCACCGCGGAAGAGAUUCUGAGAAAUAGUCUGGUACAGGCGGUGAAUAACGGUAGUUGCAACAUCAAGAAAGAGCAACUAAAGAAAAUUGAGGGGUUGGUCGAUUUUAUCACUCUUGAAGAGUUUCUAGUGAAAGAGGAUUGGAAAGAUUGGUUCGAAAAAGAAGAAAUGACGAAUUGGGUUGCCAUCAUGAAUAUGCAGAAAAAUUAG